AUGAUGAACAUAACGAAUAGCUUUCUGGACGAAACGUUUGGCUAUCUGUACCGGGAGAUGAAUCAAUUUGUGCCAGAGUUUAUCGGUACGAUCGGAUACAUUCCGUGGGUAUACUCGCUGCUUGGAUCGGCCCUGAUCGGACUGUCCGGCAUACUGCCGAUGUUCAUCAUACCGGAUGUGCCCAAAAAUGGCAAAGAAUCGGAGCUGAGUGAUCCGGCCGAAUCCAAAACACUCAAGGUACUGCUAAGCUUCGCCGUCGGGGGUUUGCUGGGCGAUGUGUUUCUACAUCUGCUGCCCGAAACCUGGGAACACGAGGUAGCCGCCGGUCCGACGGCCGAUGGUCAUCCAUCGCUACGCAGCGGCCUGUGGGUACUUUCCGGCCUGCUACUCUUUACCAUCGUGGAAAAGAUAUUUUCCGGCUAUGCGAACGUUGACGAGCAGAACCCACAGCCAAAGUGUGUUGAGAUUGCGACCUGCCUGUUACGGCGCAGCGGUGGUAAGCUGCCGGAAGGUUUCGUUGGCUGCGGUGGCGAUGGUAAGGGUGCGUGCGAUAUCGAGGACGUACCGAACGGAUGCUUCCUGGCGGGCAAUAGUGAAACGAGUGCCGCACGCGAUGAAUCCGGCCACAAGAAGGUGGCAGGCUACCUAAAUCUGUUGGCCAACUCGAUCGAUAACUUUACGCACGGUUUGGCUGUUGCUGGUUCGUUUUUGGUGUCGCUACAGCACGGUCUACUUGCAACGUUCGCCAUUUUGUUGCACGAAAUUCCUCACGAAGUUGGCGACUUUGCGAUUCUGCUACGGUCCGGAUUUAGCCGUUGGGAUGCGGCCAAGGCUCAACUACUUACUGCUGGGGCCGGUUUACUUGGUGCGCUGGUCGCGAUCGGUGGUAGUGGAGCAACGACUGCACUGGAAGCGAAAACCUCCUGGAUCGCUCCGUUUACUGCCGGUGGGUUUCUGCACAUUGCGCUCGUGACGGUGCUACCGGAUCUGCUGGACGAAUCGAAUCCUUGGGAAUCGUUCAAACAGUUGGCUGCUCUGCUGCUCGGUAUUGGACUGAUGGCGUUUAUGACCAUUUAUCUGGAACACUAAAAAGAGAAAGAGAGAGA